GCACAUGCGCAGUGGAGCCAUUCCUGACCGGAGCGCUCUGGGCACACACCGGAGAGCACUCUGACAUUGGGCAGUGAGCACGCUUCUCUAACAGCGCAAUAAACGCGGCUUUCAGAGAUGGGUGCAUCCCUGACCAGUCCGGCAUCGUCCACUGUCCGAGCCGAGGCCAUAGCUGUUCCUCCCCAAGGUUGUCCCAUGCACCAGGACUCUCAGCCUGUAAAAGCCUCUCCACCGUCAGAGUGUCCCAUGCAUCAGGCCCAAGCCAUCAAAGCUUCUCCUCCCUCAGAAUGUCCCAUGCACCAGUCUGUGUCAGGCCCCGCCCACCAGGAACGUGCCUAUGACUUUGUGAAAGGAGCCAGUGACAUUGACCCGGCCAACAUGAUGCCCCCUCCCAAUCAGGUACCUGCCCCAGACCAACCUUUUUCCUUAUCUGUGGCCCGGGAGGAGUCCAAUAUACCCCGUCAUGGCACCGAAAACAAGUGGGUCUACCCCUCAGAGCAGAUGUUCUGGAAUGCCAUGCUUCGCAAAGGGUGGCGCUGGAAAGAAGAUGACUUGGCUCAAGAUGACAUGACUAACAUAAUCAAAAUUCACAACCGCAACAAUGAACAGGCUUGGGAGGAGAUCCUCAAGUGGGAGGCCCUGCACGCCCAAGAAUGCCCGUGUGGCCCUACACUGAAGAGGUUUGGAGGGAAGGCCAAAGAGUACUCUCCCAGGGCUCGCUUGCGUCACUGGAUGGGGUACGAGCUGCCAUUUGACCGGCAUGACUGGAUUGUAGACCGCUGUGGCAAAGAGGUGCGCUAUGUCAUUGACUACUACGAUGGAGAGAUUAACAAAGAAAACUACCAGUUCUCCAUCCUGGAUGUACGACCAGCUUUUGAUUCAUUGGGAGCAGUGUGGGACCGCAUGAGGGUGGCGUGGUGGCGCUGGACCUCCUAAUCACUUACGCUUGUGGACAGAAACUUUGUUCAGAAGCUUCCUCCUCUUGUUUUUUUUUUUUUUUUUUCUGGAACAGCUCCAUGAAAUGAAUUGGACACUGCCUCAGGAUGUUGUUCCCUGCUUUCAAUGGACUAUGGAAGGUGAUGCAGUGAUAAAACUAAGUAUCUUUUGUCUCUACCCCAGAAAAGACUCCUGCUGCUUUCUGUGAUAUUUGCAGAUGCACCAAAUGUGACAGAUGAGACUGUAAUGUAUAGGAAAAGAAAUUGCUCACUGAAGAUAUCUGAAGAGUGUAAUAUUUUUUGCUUAUAGUUGUGCAUGUGUUAUAUUUUGUAACUUCAUUCACAAAAAAUAUGCUUCCAUCAGAAACAAUUAAAUUGAAUUGCAAAUGGUAAGAAAUACGGUUUGACUUAAAAUUGGAAAGGUCAAUGCUGAUGCUCAUAGGUUUUUUACUUUCACCCUUAACAUACUGGACCUUGUUUUAAAUUAAGUGUUCUUUUUCACUGUUGAGCAUUUGAAGGUAUAAUCUAAAAGGUAGGAUCUGAAAAGUACAAAUAAAACUCUUUUGCUUCGCUAUACUUUUGUCAUGUGUGUGCCUUUUGAUCUAAAGCUGUAAAUGAGGGCUUAACUGUCACUGUAAGAGGUGAAUGAGACAAGUUGGAGUUUGAUUUUGAUGUAUUUAUUUGAUGAGGACAGUGUAUAUUAAUAAUCAUCUCUAACAGUUAGUGUGAAUAUGCCAAAUUAUAGCAUAGGUAAAAAUUUUCAUCUGUCCCUUGGCAGGUAAAACAGGGGACAUUGACAAAACCUAACAAACAUUCUUGGUUAACAGUAUAGGGCAAGAGUUAAAGUCCUCACUUUGUUUUCUUUUAUGCACAAUUUAAACAGGAGGUAUUAUGCAAAAUCUUUUCCACCAUAUUAUAACAUUUCCUUAACACAAACAUGCCUGAAGAGGUUUUAGAUGUCAUCCAUGCAUGUGUGAAUAUUUUAGCGAUCUCUCCUAGGCCCUAUUUGAACCCUUCUUACAGUUAACUAAGACUCUGUGCAAUGCUCACCCCUCAAGCCUACGUCUCUCUGCUCCCACAUGACAACUCAAUAAAUAUACAACAACAUGAUACAAAACUUUCCACAGCAACUUGAGAAACCUGAUGCGAUCUGCAGUAGUUUCAUUAAUCGGCUGCACGUUGAUUGUGUCUAUCCCCCCUGAGAGCACUAUCACUACACACACUGUCAAAAACGAAAGUGAAAUUUAUAAAUGAAUUUAUAAAACAUGUUCUUUUAGAUAUAUAGCAUUUUCAAAACAAUAAAAGGUAACAUGGAGAUCUAAGUAUGUUAUGUGUUGGCAGUUAAUACCUCAUAGGAGUAAAAUAACCCCCUUU